AUGACCGUCUCUUGGUAUACUGGGCAUUUGGUUGCCAACGGUUGCACAGGCAACUAUGAGGGCUACGUCGACAUGCCCUCCCAACAGCCGCUGGGCCAAGGGACAAUGUGGCUCACCAACGGCAAAUAUUACAACGGCACGUGGUCCGACGGCCGGUACCACGGCACCGGCACUCUCAAGACGGCGGAGUUCGAAUACACCGGCAGCUUUUCCAAGGGCUACAUCACUGGUGAGGGGACCAUGACCUACAAGGGCAAAGGAGUCUACCAGGGCUGGUUCGACAAGCGACGUCGAGAGGGCCGCGGCACCAUGAUCUGGAAUAACGGCAUCAAGUACGCCGGCAUAUGGGUGGAUGACAAGAUCAAUGGGUUCGGCAAGGUCACAUGGCCCAAUGGAGACUGGUUCGAAUCCAACUGGAACGGAGCCUUUAGCGAUAUCUGGGUGGGCAAAGGCCAGCAUGGGCCGGGCCGGGCGUACUGGCACUGGAAGGGCGAUGGGGGGGAUCUGUAUUUUGGAGCCACUAUGGACAGGUAUAGACAUGGCCUUGGCACUCUCACCACUCGGGACUACAAGUUCGAGGGAAAUUUCAGGAACGGUGCUCGACACGGAACCUUCAAGGUCACUAACUUGGCUACGAAGAAGAUCACCCAUCACAAGUACGUGAAUGACGUGAGGGUAUGA